AUGCACAGUAUGCCAUCGGUAUUAGCAAUAUUAAACAAUGUUGUUGCAGCCUUAUUAGAAAAUUCUCAGAGGCGUUUUGUAAUUGUUGAAAUGUCAUUUAUUUAUCGAUGGUGGAAUAGACUUGAUGCAGAAUUCAAAGAUAUUAUAAGAAAAUUAAUAGCUGAUGGUCGUAUUGAUAUAGCUGGAGGAGGUUGGGUAAUGAAUGAAGAAGCGGAUGCUCAUUAUUCGGCAAUGAUUGAUCAACACACAUUGGGUUUUCGAUUUAUAAAAUCGGAGCUUAAAAAAUGUUCACAACCAUCUGUAGCAUGGCAACUUGAUUUAUUCGGACAUUCAAGGGAAGUCAAUUCUUUGUUUAGUCAAAUGGGCUAUGACGGUGUCAUGUUUGGAAGAUUAGAUUAUCAAGAAAAAGUACAACGAAUAGCAAAAGCACGAUUGCAAAUGUUAUGGAAAGUGAAUGACAAUACUGGUAUAAUAAGCGUACAAAAAUAUAAUGACAAUAAAUAUCAUAAAAAUUCAAUUUUUCUCUUAGCUAACGAGCAGCGGUUAUUUACGACAGUGUUACCAAAUCUUUAUCAUCCGCCUGAAGGUUUCAACAUUGGACCACAGAUCGCUGGUCAGUUGAUAAGAGAAGAUGAUGCUGAUACAAUGGAACAAUCAGCAUCUGCGUAUAGUCACCGUUUAUUAAUUGAAUUAGAAACUCAGCAAAGAAUGUACAAAACGCAGAAUAUAGCUCUCAUUUACGGUGGUGAUUUCGAAUAUGAAGGUGGAUUGUAUAAAAGUUGA